CUUGUGAGUGUGGGCUCCUCCUCCUCUUGGAGAGAGAGAUUCUUUCAGCGCGCACACGUUGUGAGAGUUGAACUUGUGGACACAUUUCUCCACCAAGUGAGCCGGGGAAGCGAGACGGUGAAUUUGAACGUCAUCUCCCUUUUCUUCCUCCUCCUCGUCGUCGUCGUCGUCUCCGCCGCCGUCUUGUUGUUGACGCGGGCCGUCAUUCCACACUGGAUUUAUUUGGGAGAGCAACACCUGGUUGAUUAUCUGAAGGGUUUCAGUCGCCGUGAUGGACGAGCAGUCCCACGGCGGUCCCCAGCAGGGCGGAUCGCAAACUGGCGUGGAGCCCUUCCAGGGGAGGCAGGGUGCCAUCAGGUGCGGUUGGCUCCGAAAGCAAGGUGGUUUCGUCAAGACGUGGCACAGCCGCUGGUUUGUUCUGCGAGGGGACCAACUCUUCUAUUACAAGGACGAGGACGAGAGCAAAUCCCUGGGAGCCAUUUUUCUGCCCGGCAACAAAGUUUUAGAGCAUCCAAGCAGCGGCGAUGAAGCAGGAAAAUAUCUCUUUGAGGUCAUUCCAGGGGGAGACAGAGAGCGGAUGACAACCAACCAUGAGACCUACCUCCUUAUGGCCAGCACCCAGAAUGACAUGGAGGAUUGGGUGAAGACCAUCCGAAGGGUCAUAUGGGCGCCUUUUGGUGGAGGGAUCUUUGGCCAGAAACUGGAGGAAACAGUGCGGUACGAGCGUCGCUACGGGAACAAGAUGGCGCCCAUGCUGGUGGAGCAGUGCGCCGACUUCAUCAGGCAGCGGGGGCUUCGCGAGGAGGGUCUCUUCAGACUUCCCGGGCAAGCCAACCUAGUCAAAGAGCUGCAGGAGGCCUUUGACUGCGGAGAGAAGCCCCUAUUCGAUUGUAACACAGACGUGCACACGGUCGCAUCGCUGCUCAAGCUUUAUCUCCGAGAACUUCCCGAGCCCGUCAUCCCCUUCCACAAGUACGAUGACUUCCUGGCUUGCACCAAGCUACUCGGCGUGGAGGACGACACGGGUAUGAAAGAGCUGAAAAAGCUUGUGGAUGGUUUACCUCCGGUCAACUACAAUCUUCUCAAGUACAUCUGCAGAUUUCUUGAUGAAGUCCAGUCAUAUUCCGGAGUCAAUAAAAUGAGUGUUCAGAACUUGGCCACGGUGUUCGGGCCAAACAUCCUCUGGCCAAAAGUCAAGGAUCCGGUUGCCAUCAUGGAAGGAACCGUCCUGGUCCAGCAGCUGAUGGCUGUUUUGAUCGGCCGGCACAACGCGCUCUUCCCUCAGGACGAGGAUAGUGGUCCCCCCGGUCCGGCGGAGCUCGUCAACAACAACGUAGAGUUGCCGAGGCGACCCGCGGCGCCGACGACGGUACCUCAGAACGUCGAGAACAAUAACGUGCAGGCGCCACACCAGUGCGUCUGGGAGGCGGUCGACUCUCCUUGCCGGCACGAGGACGACCGAGGCUCCCCACGCUCCGCCAGCCCUCGGAACAUUCCGGGAUGCUUCGACAACACUCGGAGCCCGCCGCUCACCGUUAAAAAGAACCCCGCAUUUAGUAAAGGAAGCGGGAUCGUCACCAAUGGAUCCUUCAGCUCCUCGCCGCCCUCCUCUGAUCCAAACAUGGACAAGUGUCAGACACUGAUGAGCGGCGGAAGCUUACCGGGGCGCCGCAACGGGACGCUAAAAGGCUCGGGCACAAAAAUGGGCACCGGCGGCGUUACGGGAGGGGGCAAUGCCAAUGGGGUUCUUCGCAUGGGAGUCUCCGGCCCCGAUGCGAUGUCGGCGGUCCUGAACGGCCAGGGCGGUCUUUGGUUACCGAACGGAUGCGUCACGCUACGGGAGGCAAACAAAGUUUCGCGUGACUUUCCCAAUGGGGAUCAAACGUGUAACCAAAACCGUCUGUCCACGUAUGACAAUGUGCACCUAAACCAUCAGAACCUGCACCAGCACAACCACGUGGUGCACGUGGCGUGUCUCAGCGGCGGCUGCGAGGACAAGCAGAGUGUGGACAGCGCCACCUGGUCCACAUCCUCCUGCGAGAUCUCCCUGCCGGAUAACUCCACGUCCUGCCGCUCCUCCACCACCACCUGCCCCGAGCAAGACUUCUACGUCGGCCAUUAUCAGGACGUGGACGGCCUCAACCAGGACAACGGCGGUGGAGAGUCGGGCGGCGACGAGGGCAGACACACCAGCAGGGAGGCGGCGGCGGGAGGGGACGCUGCGGCGAGGAAUGGCAGCGAGCACGGUAGCAAGUACGGUGGAGGAGGAGGAGGAGGACACAGCGCGCUGCACAGUCUGGUGGCCAGUCUCAAGCAGGAGAUGCUCAAGCAGAAGUCUGACUAUGAGGCCAGGAUAAAGAGCCUGGAGCAGCGCAACCUGGACCUGGAGUCAGAGAUGGUGAGCCUGCACGAAGAGCUGGACCAGGAGCGUAAGAAGUACACCAUGGCCGAGAUCAAACUGCGAAACGCCGAGCGCGCCAAGGAGGACGCUGAGCGCCGCAAUCACAUGCUGCAAAAGGAGAUGGAGCAGUUCUUCUCCACUUUUAGCGACCUCACCGCCACCGGUGGCAGCUCCGCCUCCGUCGCCACUGUUGACCCCCGCCGGCCUGAUCGCAGCAACCCAAUAUGGAUAAAGUGAAGGUGGGCGGGUUGAACACCCGGAAAGACGACAGAGUUUCUUGUGGCGGCUCCUAGCGGGAUUUGGCUGUCGGAAACUCGGCGGGAAACUUCAUGGGGUCUUCACUUCUGCGAGCAUAUCACAAAAAAAUGGAAUCUGAGCAAAAAAGAGUUGAAUAAGAUGUCAACUGAGAUUUUAGAAGAAGCUAAUGGGGCAGGACAGGUGCUAGCUGUGAUCGCAAUCAUAAACCCUCCAUGCUGUCUUCACUUCCGCUAGUAUGUGUGGCUGAAAAAAAAAUGGAAAUAAAUCCAAACUAGCUUGAGAUUUUGGAUAGAAGAUGCUUCCAGGGGGAGAAAAGGUGUUGACCAUGUUUUCUAACGCUCUUCUUAGCAACAUGGUGAAUCACAUGCUACCCCGACCUAGCAGCUACAACUAGCAUUGGCACAAAAUAAGGGCAGAGCGAAGCUUUUUUUUUUUUUUUUCUUUCAGUCUUAGAAUUGAUUUUGGCAUUAGCGUUGCGAGUUCGUUUGUCGGCAACUUACAUCUACGGACUGAAAGGGGAACUAAACGCAAUAUGUCAAAACUGUCUGAUAAUGUGAUAUAGUCUUCAUCUGGUGCUGUUGACUUCAAUCCACUAAGUAUUGACAGCUGGCAGACGACUUUUCAAAGGCAGUUUAAUAGGCGGAAAAUGAAUCUGCACACUUGUCUGAAACAGUUUCUGUUUGUGUUUGCAACUUCUGCCUUCAUUAGCCUCAGAUAGCAUCCUAUCUGCCUCUUUUAGCAACUCUUCUGCACAAGCUCAGACGUGGCGGUGAAAAGUUUUAAUAACUAGGACAUAAUGUAAAUGAUGGCGUCGCCUGGGGUGACGUCUGGGUGAGACUUUGUGUAAAUAGAGCACUAUUUAAAUCCUCUCAAAGUCUAUGUGUCACGUUGGGUACAAAACCAUUGGUCCUCGCUCUUUGUUGUCCGUUCUGUACAUAAAGAAGGAGGGAACGCGCGUCUUUUGUAUAAAAAGAAAUCAAUGCCUAAAUGUGCUAUUUAAAUAUUCAUACAUUUUCACACUGUAAACGUGCUUGCACUUCCUCGUUCUUGUUGGGUUCAUGACCAAAAAAAAAACAAAACAAAACAAAAAAAAAAAAAAACAGCGAGUGUGUAGCAAGAUGUGCGUGAGGGAAUGUCUAUGAUGGACUUGUUCUCAUCAUGUGUUGAACCAAAUAAACUGUACGGUACGAGACAGUCGUUUUAAACCUGCUGCUGGUCAUUGCAGGUGCACUAGAUGUGUCCCGAUGCUAGGUGGCUACAUGUUAGCAUCGCUAUAUAUAUAUAUUGUACAUACCAUCAUUUCCCUCCCACCUAAGAGGAUAACCACCUCACUCAAACAGCCCUGUUUGAACCAUGUUGGUAACCAAAAAUGCAAACGAGGCAUGUAACACUUUGUCUUUGUGCAUCUCCCUCACCAGAAGAUUUUUUUCUUAAUGGUGAGAGGUAAAGGACUGGGACUUCUGUGGAAUAAUCCACACACAGCAUACUUGAUUCUUAAAGAAGUGAUUAUACAAAUGAUAACUAUGAAUAAAAAUGCAUUCAAAAAAUAGAAAUUGUUAUUUUCAACACCUUUUUUCAAAGUGACCUGGUUGCAAUAUAUUCAACUUAAAAAAAAAAGAGGUUAAAAUGUUAAGCAAAUGUCCACAGAGAAGACCACACAUUUCUCAAAGGUUUUGUUUAUUUUCAGUCACAUACAUUACGUACUAUUGUUUUGUUUUUACAUACACAGUUCCUUUAAAAUGUGUUUGGAGUAACAGCUCUCAUUUUUUUCCUCUCAUUUUUUUCACCUUUUGCAAUAGUUUCACACUUUUAUUUGCCUGAAGCUUUUGAGAUCAUCAGCAGGAAACACUUGUGUUUAAUUCACUGUCAACCCAACAAAAUGCUGAAUGAAAACAUUCCAAAAUGAAAGGCGGAAAAAUGGGAGAGUAGGAGUUGAUUCAGAUGACCUGUACAUUGUAUUUCGUCAACUUUGAAGUAUGACGCUAGCAUCGGUGUCCUUGGGUCUGCUUUUAUUGCGUUCUUCGAUUGUUGUUAUUUACAAUAUGACAACAAAAGCGUGUGACCAGAAAAUGCUUUCACGUGACAAAUAAAUUAAUGGAAACAUCCCUCGUGAUGAAAAUGAGGAUUUGCUGUGAUUCCCCAAAGAAAAUCAACACAGGAUUUUUCGACAGUUAAGAUUUCAGUUCUGAUUGUGUUGACUUGCUGGUUUAUGUCAAUCAAAUGUGCUCGAGCGCACACUCACACACACACUACAACCAUACAGCAAUGACAAAUGAUUUUCUUCUACUUUUACAUUCAGUGCCGACAAGCCAGCAAGGACCCAAAAUAUCUUACUGUGUAUGGAGUUUUUUUUUUCCAAAAUUGAUUUAAAUAUAAAGUAAAUGAUAUAAAUGAUUCAAAAAUAUCAAUGAGUUCUUAAAAAAUUAAUAAACGUGAAUUUAUUUUUUAAAAACUAGUUACAUUGUAAAUGUGACUAAUUGGGCAUAAUAAUUGUAAUUAUUUCUUUACAAAUUUAUAAUAGAUUUGAAAAGUCGAUAUUUAUUCGUAAUUAUUAUUUUUAAUGAAUGCGUUUAUUUUAAAAACGUAUUUCACCACAAAAAGCACCGUGACGUUUAAAUGUCAAAACAACGAUCGAAAAAAACAGGUAGAAAAGGGGAUGGGGCGGUUGGCCCACCCUCUGUCGUUACGGUUAAAUCAAUCGGUGCCACCAUAAUGGCUUUCUACGAUUUAUCUGCCAUUUAUUAUUUCACUUACUUUAUAUUUAAUUGCUUUUGGCAAACUAAAAAAAAACCAAAACA